AUGGCAUCUAACAAGCUGAGUGUAGUGUCGUUAUGUGUUGUCAUCAUUGCUGUGACAUUCUCCAUGGCUCUCAAUGGAUCGUGGGCCAGAUCCGACAUGUCAAACAGAGACAAUGUAACUAAGCCCAACGUGUCAGCCGCAGUCACAGAACAUGUAGUUAGAUCCACCAUGGCGGUCACAGAACCUGUAACCAGAUCCACCAUGGCAGUCACAGAGCCUGUAACCAGAUCCACCAUGGCAGUCACAGAACCUGUAACCAGAUCCACCAUGGCAGUCACAGAGCCUGUAACCAGAUCCACCAUGACAGUCACAGAACCUGUAGCCAGAUCCACCGUGGCAGUCACAGAACCUGUAACCAGAUCCACCAUGGCAGUCACAGAGCCUGUAACCAGAUCCACCAUGACAGUCACAGAACCUGUAGCCAGAUCCACCGUGGCAGUCACAGAACCUGUAACCAGAUCCACCGUGGCAGUCACAGAACCUGUAACCAGAUACACCAAGGCAGUGACAAAACUUAUAACUAGAUCGUCAAUUUCAGUCGUUUCAACGCAAUCCACGACAUCCCAUUUGUCUCUCACAGAUGCCCGAGACAGAACAGCCACCGUGUCUCCCUCAGAUACUCCAGACAAAACAUACACCGUGUCUCCCACAGAUGCUCCAGACAGAAAAUCCACCGUGUCUCCCACAGAUGCUCCAGACAGAACAACCACCGUGUCUCCCACAGAUACUCCAGACAAAACAUCCACCGUGUCUCCCACAGAUACUCCAGACAAAACAUCCAACGUGUCUCCCACACAUACUCCAGACAAAACAUCCACCGUGUCUCCCACAGAUACUCCAGACAAAACAUCCACCGUGUCUCCCACAGAUACUCCAGACAAAACAUCCACUUUGUCUCCCACAGAUGCUCCAGACAGAACAUCCACCGUGUCUCCCGCAGAUACUCCAGACAGAACAUCCACCGUGUCUCCCACAGAUGCUCCAGACAGAACAUCCACCGUGUCUCCCACAGAUACUCCAGAUAGAACAUCCACCGUGUCUCCCACAUAUGCUCCAGACAGAACAUCCACCGUGUCUCCCACAGAUGCUCCAGACAGAACAUCCACCGUGUCUCCCUCAGAUACUCCAGACAAAACAUCCACCCUAUCUCCCACAGAUGCUCCAGACAGAACAUCCACCGUAUCUCCCACAGAUACUCCAGACAAAACAUCCACCGUACCGUUCACUACAGAUUAUGAAAGGACAACGUUAGUCCCUGAAAUAAAAUUUAUAGAAAUGUGGGUCAACGCACUACCAAUAUCAACUCCAAACAUUGGGCUUGGUGGAAACCCGUUGGAUAGGCUCCUGAGUAUACAAGUCCACCACGGCAACGAUUGUCCCUUUGGUCAAGUCUACUACGACGGGAGUUGUCACGUGACAUGGCAAAACACAACGCCACGCCCAUUUACUUCAACACAGGAAUACAUGUCAGCACCUCAUACUGCCGGAACAAGCAUCCAACCACGUUCUACAACAAAACACCACGUGCAACCACCUCCUACGACAAGAACAUACGUGCAACCACUUACGACAAGUACGGAUGUUCAACAUCCAACAAGAGUACACGUGAAUUCACCUCCCACUACAAGAGAUUCUACAUCGUCGCCAUCAACACCUACCAGAGAAAACGAUGCCAUACAAUUUAAUGAACAUACCCCCUACUCCCUCUCGACUACACACAACUAUACUGGUGGACAUUCGCAGCACCACAACACCACGGGAACGAGUGAGGACGAGGACUUAUCACACGAGUCUUCAGCAGUCACAGCAUCAACCAACACAUCUCCUGACCACGUCCUUAAAAUAGCUGAUACACAAUCAACAACUUCACGGUUGCAGUGUAUUCAUAUCAUCUUAAACAACUCAACAUUCAACAUUUACCCUAAUGGAUCUGUAGUUCUGAAAAGUGGUAGGGUCAUAAAUGAAAACGAUUUUAUCCUCACAUCAUCAGGACAACUCAAAGUAUGUGUGACAGCUCUUGGUUCACAAGGUUCAAACACAAACUUUAAAAUUGAUCUUAACCGCCCAACUGUGGUGUUGACGAACAUCUGUCUGGUGUCUAGCCAAGUGUUCCUGCUUCUGACUUUCAUCUUUCACUGUUUCUUCUCUAGUCUGAGGAAUCUUCCUGGAGUGAUUCUUAUGUUCUUGUCGGCAUCUUUGUUCUUGGCACAUGCCACCUUCUUCUUUGGGAGUGACGAGGCGUACAAUCGUACAGCUUGUAUAGCGAUCGGAGUAGUCAUCCACUUCUUCUGGCUUGCAUCUUUCUGUUGGCUCAACAUCUCUUCUUUCCACACCUUCAGAGUCUUUAAGGACGUAUUUGCAUCUCGGAGUUUUGAAUCAAACAAAAGGACAAUCAUCCUCAAAUACUGCAUCUGUGGUUAUGGCACUCCUGCUGUUGUUAUUGCUGCAACGAUGACAGCAAACUACUUCGUCUCAGGGUCUGAAUCCUUUGGUUAUGCUGAUACCUCAAACUUCUGCUUCGUCUCCAAUGGAACCAACAGUAUCGUUGGCUUGCUGGUCCCAGCAGGAGUGACCAUCCUGGUUAGUUUUACUCUCUUCAUCUUGACCGUCGUUUACCUGUGUAGGGCCUCAGCCAACAGACGAAAGGUCGGCAAUGGUGACAAAUGGAACAUUUUAAUGUACAUCAAACUAUCUAGCAUCACUGGUUUCUCCUGGGUCUUCGGUUUUCUGCAAAUGGUUGACAGAAGCAGUCAGGUUUUCACAUACCUGUUUAUUUGUCUGACUGGGGCUCAGGGCGUGUUCAUCUUUUUGGCUUUCAUGGCAAACAAACGCACUUUCCUUCUCGUUAAAAAUGCUUGUCGAAAACAAAUCAAGGAUGGCAAAUAUUCCAGAAAAUCGUCUGACAUUGACACAAAACGUCAUGUUACAUCUGAUGUGGAGGACGCAAAUAAGGUAUAGAGAGUAACUGUCACGAUUAUGUGUCGUCUAAUCCAAAACAAGAAU